AUGCGUUCAGUUACCGUCUUACUGCCGUUCUCUCAUUCUCUCUGCGUCUCUGCACCCAUUGUCAGUCGGAGGUUCGACCUGGUGCUGACGGACGGGGUGAUGCCGGGGCUGUCGGGCAUCGCGCUGCUCGCGCGCAUCAUGGCCAAAGAGGAGCUGCGCGGCAUCCCCGUUAUAAAUUCCAUGUCACGGCACGGCGGCAUAGAAAUCUGCACGGAACUUUGCAACAGGCAUGGAGAUCAGGGCACUCAAGUGCUUCCCGUCCUUGUCUACUCCCUCCAAUGCCACUCCGUCCGCGUUUUCCCCCUCGCAGUGAUGUCGUCGCACGACAGCAUGGAGAUGGUGUUGAAAUGUUUUCAGAGGGGUGCGGCGGACUUCCUCGUGAAGCCCGUGCGCAAGAACGAGCUCAAGAACCUCUGGCAGCACGUCUGGCGCCGAUGCCACUCCGCUCUGUGGCGCGUGGCGCGUAAAGAACAGGCCACCUUCCAUGUCUCCCCUUCCCCCUAUCCGUCCUCUGCCCGAGUCUUUUUGUUUUCCUCGCAACCCCUCACGUCUUUCAAGCACAUGCCGCCGUCCCUUCCUACCUGUUUCUAUCCCGCCAAACCUGCCGUUGUGGCUCCCCCCACCAACCCUUCACCCCCCUCUCCCCUCCCCAUUGCUGUCCCACAACGUCACUCACUCUCCCCUCUCUCCGUCCCCCGCGCGCCCGUCUGA